AUGACGCCUGCGCCUGCGCCUGCGCUGAACUCGUCGUCCCCCCUUCCAUCAACCUCUCACGCCUCCCCACAGGGACCACGCCCUCUCCAGAUCAUCACAACCCUGCGCUCCCCAGACUUCCCUGUCCCCUCGCCGCGCAAAAGACGAUCCGUGGCUCCCAGCAGAGACAAGGACCUCGCGAGUGCUGUCUCAACUUUCACACUUCGUCCACCAUGUGUGGAUAGUGGUCUUGCAAGACCUCAUCUCGACAACCGCUCUCAAUCCACCUCCACUUCCCUCCCAUUCAAGGUGGAUAUCUUCAGAGCUGGUGCAGCUCGACAGAUUCUACCGUAUUCCAGCAUGGCUCGCGUCGACGAGGGGCCAGAUCAUGAGCGGGAAAGACUGAUCGAUAGUCCAGAGCCCCCAAAUGUACUUCGAGAAGCCCGGCGCUCACAAGACUCAAUCUCGAGUAUCUCCACCACAUCGCUCGUCCUCGAGAACCUCAACUCAGUCUAUUCCUCAAAGGAACAGUCCUCCCUUCCCUCACGAUAUCGCGACGACGAUAGCGACCCUGAGCUGCCCUCUCUAAAGACCAAAGACUCUGGCGUUCCCAGUCAACACAUGUCCAAUGCUCUCCGCCGAGCUAUUUGGAUCGUCUCCGUUGUUGCAGUCAUUGGCUGGGCCUUUGCCAUUCUUAUUUUUAUCUCGGGCGGCCGUUACAAACAUUCUUCUACUCUAAGCUACGACGCCGAGACCCCUGUCAAGAGCACGGGGAAGAAAGUCACUCUUGAACAAAUUCAGUCUGGACAAUGGUCACCCAGAAGCGCUCCGCUUUCCUGGAUCGCCGGCCCCAAUGGUGAGGACGGACUGUUGUUGGAGUACAAUCGACCAGGGCAGGAUUUCAUCGUCAUCGAAGAUAUUCGCAACAUGAACGCAUCACUGACCGGAAUCGAGAGCAAAACCUUGCAAAAGAGUGGCUGGAUCACCGUUGAUGGUGAAAGAAAAUUUACCGAUAAAUUCUGGGUCAGUCCCGACCACAAACAUGUCCUCAUUCAGACCGGGAGAGAAAAAGUCUUCCGACAUUCUGCCAUCGGACAAUAUUAUAUUCUUAAUGUUGAGAGUCAGGGUGUUGAACCGUUGGAUCCGGCCAAUCCCAAAGGAAGAGUUCAAUUGGCUACUUGGUCACCAAACGGCGCCGCCAUCGUUUUCACUCGAGAUAACAACCUAUUCUUGAGAGAAUUGGCCUCGACCAAAGUCACCCAGAUUACCAAAGAUGGUGGACCGGAAUACUUCUACGGCAUCCCCGAUUGGGUCUACGAGGAGGAGGUUUUUGCAAGCGACACCGCUACGUGGUGGGCCAGAGACGGCAAAUACGUUGCUUUCCUGCGGACAAAUGAAACUUCCGUCCCAGAAUAUCCUGUCCAGUUCUUUGUUUCCCGCCCCAGUGGCAAGACUCCCCCUGAAGGCCUCGAACAUUACCCCGAGGUCAAACAGAUAAAAUAUCCCAAGGCUGGAGCUCCAAAUCCAACGGUUGACAUGUUGUUUUAUGAUAUCGACAAGGAGGAAGUGUUUGAGGUGAAAAUUGAUGGAGGUUUUCCUGACAAUGACCGGAUCAUCUACAAUGUGCUUUGGGCCGAUCAGGGCAAAGUUCUUAUCUCCGAGUCUAACCGCGAAAGCGAUCGUGUCAGGAUUCUUUUGGUCGACGUCGUCACUCGAUCAGGACAGACCGUCCGCACCAUCGAUCUCAGGGACAUCGAUGGCGGCUGGCUCGAACCAACCCAACAUAUGACUUACAUCCCAGCCGAUCUGAAACAUGGCCGCGAGCUUGACGGUUAUGUUGACACCAUCAUCUCUGAGGAUAGGGUUCACUUGGCAUAUUUCUCCCCCCUCAAUACCUCCACUCCGCUUUCUCUGACAACAGGAAAAUGGGAGGUCGACGGCGGCCCAAAGGCGGUCGACUUGAAAAACAACAUUGUAUAUUUCAUCGGAACCGUGCAGGCACCCACCCAGCGACAUCUGUAUAGUGUUCAGCUCAAUGGCUCAGCCUUUCACUCGCUCGUUCCAGACCACGAACCGGGCUACUGGGACGCAUCAUUUUCGUCUGGCUCCGGAUAUAUCAAUCUCCAAUAUGCCGGGCCUGGCAUCCCCUACCAGAAGGUCGUCUCCACGGCGCCUAAUCCCGAGAAAAUUGAGCAAGUUGUUGAAGACAACAAGGAUUUAGCCGCCAUGGCUGCCAGCCACGAACUUCCUCACCAAGUCUUCCAGAACGUCACCGUUGACGGCGUUACCCUCCAAGUAGUGGAACGUCGACCUCCCCACUUCGAUCCCAAAAAGAAAUAUCCCGUACUUUUCUAUCUCUAUGGUGGUCCAGGCUCCCAAAUGGUCAAUCGCCGCUUUCAUGUCGACUUUCAAUCCUUUAUUGCCUCAUCUUUAGGCUACAUUGUAGUCACUGUCGAUGGGCGGGGGACAGGCUUCAUCGGCCGCAAGGCGCGUACCAUCAUCCGCAAUGAACUGGGCAAGUAUGAAGCACGGGACCAGAUCGAGACGGCCAAGAUGUGGGCGGCCAAAUCUUACGUGGACGCGAAUCGCAUGGCGAUCUGGGGCUGGUCUUAUGGCGGAUUCAUGACUUUGAAAGUCCUCGAAACCGAUGCUGGCAACACUUUCCAGUACGGCAUGGCCGUCGCACCCGUCACCGACUGGCGAUUUUAUGAUUCGAUCUAUACUGAGCGCUACAUGCGUACACCACAACACAAUCCGGAUGGCUACGACCGCACCGCCAUUUCCAAUGUCACGGCCCUGUCCCAAAAUGUUCGUUUCCUCAUCAUGCACGGUGUGGCCGAUGACAAUGUCCACAUGCAGAACACAUUGACCCUGUUGGACAAGUUUGAUCUUGGAGGGAUCGAGAACUACGAUGUCCAUUUCUUCCCUGACAGUGAUCAUAGUAUCUACUUUCACAAUGCCAAUCACAUCGUCUACGACAAAUUGAGCACGUGGCUGAUCAACGCGUUCAACGGCGAGUGGUACCGUACAGACGAUCCAAAGCCUCUGGAUGAUUGAAGGCUGGACGUGAAGACAGCCCACGAGCAUCAACUGAAGUGCUCUUUGUCUCAAUGAAGAUGUUGGUUGAGUUGUACAAAUAGAUAGAUCUCUUGGUCAAAUGUCAGGUGCAUUCAUUGGGCGGCUUACAACAUGGCAGCGAACCACAUUUGGCGUUUUGUAUAAGAUUUGACAAAACCAUGGCGUUGGUGGAAGUCUAACAGACUAGCAAGCAGGCAGUCCCGGUUCGAGAAUCCAUCUAAUUGAUCGUAUUGA